AUGCUUUUGAUACUUAUGAUUCCCUUUUUAGUGGGCGCAUCGUGGCUUCCGUGGGCGUCCGAGCUGCAGCGAAGCAGCCUGGAGCUGCAGAAGGCCCCCAACAACGACUUCAACAUUCUGCAUUUCAACGCGACCACCAUCUGCCUGCGGCUGUCCGCCUCCAUCUCCAUCCUGGUGCAGUACAAGACGGGACGCGUUCGGGACGGAGCGGUCCAGAUCAUAGUUCCUCAUCUUACAAAGGAAAAUGUGGAAGGCAGUUGUGGUCCAGACGCCUCUUUACAUCUAUCCUGGCCUUCACCUGACGCAACGACGGAGUCUCCGACACCAGAGGAAGCUAAUGCACUGAAUGUGGAAGAGACGUCGUGGUCGGAGCCCACAGUAUUUGACGAUGUCAACAGCAACACACUUCAUUUCGACUUUGUACAGCAGAACGACUCUUACUUCAUAGCAAACAUUUCAGGCUUCAUUAACAUUAAUGACGUUUCCGAAGACUAUUCACCAAACAGCACGGUAAUCGAAUUGUCCGUAAGAGACCAGAAACUGUUCGAGGCGCCGCUGGGGAUCGUGUCCAUGUGCUACGGGAAGACGCUGGUCGAAGGAGAGGUCUACGGCAACGUCACAGCCGUCACUCUCGUUUUCACCGACGUGCAGCUGCUGGCCUACCACGAGGAGUCCUUUUGGCCAAACCAAGUGAGCUCGUGUAGAUCCUCGCCUGUGCUGGAGAUAGACAACACGGUGGCCAUCGUCGUCGGCACACUGGCAGCCGUGGUUGGUGUCGGACUGCUGGGCGCCUUCGUCUACUACCUGCGUACGCGAUAACUGCCGCAACGCUGUGUGGCAGCUUUAUGGUGCCACUUCUACCGCGGUACAGACACACAAAUAGGGAAUUAGCCAGUAACGUCUUUAUGU